AACGACGUCGACUCGUGACUUAGAUUACACUCUUUCGAUUUCGAAACUGAAAAUCAACGCGAUCCAAACUUCCAUGUUUUCACAACACUCAAAAAUCUCAUUCAAAAAUGGACGACAAAACGCACUCCAACAACGACCACGAACAACUUUCUGAACAAGCAACACAAGAUGCCGGUGGCGGCGGAAGUUGGGGUGGUUGGGGCUUUUCUUCCAUUCUCUCCGAUCUUCAAAAAGCUGCCGCUGUUGCCGCCGAAGAGAUCUCUCGCAAUGCUGCUUCAGUUGCAGAGACAGCAUCAAAGAGCAUUGCCGAGUUGCAAAUCGCUGCUGAAGAUUCGGAGUCUUCCAAAGAGGAUGUAGUGGAUGAAGAAGCUGAAAAGGAAAGCGAUGACGAGAGUGAUGCUGCUCCAUUGCGAAAAUCUGCUCUGGAUAAAUUGGAGAAAGCUAGUGAAGAUUCACUACUUAGCCAGGGUUUGAAGGUUUUCGAUAAUUCUGUGGAGACUUUUGCUUCUGGAGCAUGGAGUGCUUUAGGAAAUGCAUGGAGAGGUGGCAGUGAGUUAGUUCACAAGCUCGAGAAUUCAGCUUCAAACCUUGGAGGAUCUGUACAGCAUGAUGGACCAGGAACUCCAGGUUCCAAUGCACCUUCCCUAUUAGAGACUGGAAAAGCUUUUACUGCAAAGGGAAUGCAAGUGCUUGAAUAUGUGGGUAAGGAGACAAUGGACUUAUUAAUCAGUGAAACUGGAAUUGAGAUUGAAAAGGCUAGAAAAGAAGGUGAUGACCAAAGCGAUGAAGAUCAAUUAUCAGAAGAAGUGACAUUUGAUCGAUGCUUUUACAUUUAUGGAGGUCCUGAGCAGCUGGAGGAGCUGGAGGCUUUGGCUAGUCAUCAUGCCUUGUUGUUUAACAGAAGAAAAGCAAAAUUAUCCGCAGAGCAAAAGUCUGUAUUUGACGGGAAGCUUAAAGAGGUCCAACAAAUAUUUGAUUUGAGUAUUGAAAUUGAUGCUGGUGCUGAUUCUAACAAAGGAAAAACAAUAAAGAAAGGAAAUGCGGGAAGCGGUGAUGAGAUCAAGAAUUUACAUGAUUCAAGUGUUGGCAAGGCUGCUGAAAUGGCUGCUGGUUUCACAAAUGCCUUGGCUGGCCUAGCUGCUAAUGAUAUAAUUCAGAGAACUACUGGAAGAUUAGACUCUCUUCAUUCUGAGGGAGUUCAUAGACUAUCUGAAAUGUGCUGUUUCGCAGUUUCACAACUUCUAACCUUUGGCAAAUCCAUCAUUUCUCUUGCCAACAAAACCGAGGAUGAAGAAGUUGAUGACGAUAAGACUAACAUAGAGUGGCCUGAAGAUGUUUCUGCAAAAGCUAAGAUCAUAAGAAUAAAUGCCCAGACAAUGAUCGGAUAUUUGGAAGCAGUUUCCACAAGUUUUACUACAGGCAUAUCUGAUGUAACCGAGGCUUAUCAAGCAGCCAUUAAAGGUGUUACUGCUGAGUCUCCCACAGUUGUUCCCAAGAAGACAUCAGUCCAAGAAAAAGCCAGUGCUUUCUCUGAACACCUUCAAGCUGAUCAAAUCACAGCGAUAAGUAAAAUCCAGGAUGGGGUGCAAUUUUUAGCUCACGUCGUCCUUUCGACCUCAAUGAAUGUUGCUUGAACACUAAUGUUUUAUUUUGUAAAUAGUCAAGGAUUUAAUUUGAAAAGUGAUACCACUAAACUAUUCUGGGGCAAAUUUUUAGCUCAUAUUGAUGAUUCAGCCUAACACUUACUAGUGUCUGAACUGGGGCAGAUUUGUCCUGUUAAUUUGAUUUAUGUAAACCCUUUUAUCCCUUGAUUUUCUCAUACCAUUGAUCAUA